AUGGAAGCCAAGCCUUGCCUCUCUGCCCCGUCUAGCCUGUCUGGCCUGUCUGGCCUUGUCCUGGCCCGUCUGGCGAGACCCAAGGGCCCGCCGACGCCGCCUCGGGGACGUUUCUUCUUGUUCGGCACCAGCAGGGAAUCACAUCCACGCCUUCUUCCACUUGUCCAAACCUUUUUCCUCUCUUUCAUGAUCCAUCCCCCAUCGCCAGAUUUCGAAUUCGCUCCCGCCCUUUCUCCCUCUGACCACUUCUCCAACCCGAUUUUCUAUUCUUUACCAUCUACGCCUUACGCAAAUUCACAUCCACACCACGCCUCUCGCUUCUGGCCCUUCCUCCUCGUUCUUGGUACCUGGGGCAUGCCAUUCACACGACCUCUGCCUCAUCUCAUCGCGGCCGAUACGCUCAAUGCGUGCUGCCACCAUGGCCCAGCAAACUCCCCUGCCAGCGGCCCUCACCUUGACGUCGCGCACUUCCUCGCUUGCACACUAACUUUUACCCCCUCCGUCUUACAGGUUUCGCCAUCAUCAGAUCCAGAUUCCAAGAUCAGCGCAGACGCCAUGACCAACCCAUCUGGUGCCGUCGCGGACAAGGACGCUGGCGCUGAUGGCGCCGCGCCAUAUGGCACGCGCUCCCGCAAUAGAAAUGGCAACGCGCGGCCUAAUUACGCCGAGGAUAAGGAUAUUGAAAUGGAUAAUUAUGACUAUUACGACAAGAAUCAAGGCGAAAUGCCUAAGAAAUCAUCACGCCUAGCCACCAUCACCACCACAGCCGCCGCCGCCAUGACUGGUGGCGAGACGUCAGGGCGCGUCGCGGCUGGAGGUCGCAAGCCUCUGACGGGCAGUGCGCCAGGCAGCGACGAUUCCAAGGCCUCCGCAUCGCAGGCUUAUACCGAUGCUAGCAACAGCAAUGGACACGCAUCCGGCGGCUCAUCAGCAUCGUCAGCACCAGCGUCGCGCAAGCGCAAGGCAGCCAACGGCCCAGCAGCACAGGUGGCCGCAGCGACGACGACAGGAGCGCAGUCAGCGCGACGUGUCGCCAGCUCCAACACCACAUCACAAAACUCGACGCCAGCGGUUUGGCCAGAUACCAACAUGCUCAGUUUUGACAAUUGCAAGGCGCGCCCUCAGAAUGGGCGACUGGUGGCUGACGAUGGCACAGUGCUGGAAGCGAAUGAUCAUGUGUAUCUGGUGUGCGAGCCGCCCGGCGAGCCAUACUACUUGGGUCGCAUCAUGGAAUUUCUGCACUCGCAAAACGACCCGGCGCGGCCGGUGGACGCGGUGCGCAUUAACUGGUUUUACCGGCCCAAGGACAUUGGACGCAAGGUUUCGGACACGCGACUGGUGAUUGCGACUAUGCAUUCCGACAUUAGCCCGCUGGCGGCGCUGCGUGGAAAAUGUCAGAUCCGGCACCGUGCGGAAAUUGAUCACUUCGACGAGUACCGCAAAUCGCCCGACUGCUUCUGGUUUGAGAAGCUCUAUGACCGGUACAUUCAAAAACACUACGACCUGAUUCCGACCAAUCUCAUUGUCAAUGUGCCGGACAAGGUGAAAAAGGUGCUGGAUGAGCGGUGGAAAUUUGUCUUGGUUGAGCAGGGACGAGGCAAGGAGCUAACUAGCGCGGUUAAGUCGUGCAAGCGAUGCACCGGGUAUUGCGCAAGCAACGACUCCGUCGACUGCGCCGUUUGUCGCUUCACUUACCACAUGAAUUGUGUCCGCCCUCCUCUAUUGAAAAAACCCUCUCGAGGCUUUGCUUGGUCAUGUGCUGCUUGCAGUCGUGCCCAAGAACGCAAGCUCGAAAACCGUCACACCCUUCCCGACGGCGAAGAUGACCAAGACUUUCUCGAUGACGACGAAGAGGACGCCCAAGACCCCAACACAAACCGAACUACGCCCGACGAUGACGAUAAAGUCCACCAUCAAGGCACGGCCGAGCAGAUAUAUCACGCAAGCCUAUGGCCCUAUCGCUAUCUCGGCCUCCACUGCAAGCCUGAGGAUGCUCUCGACUACGACGACCGCAUAUACCCUCGCGCAAGCACCCGCAUCGGUCCCAGAAAUCAAGCCGCUGUACAUCCCUGGCCAGGCCGUCCUGUUGAAUAUGUCAAACCUCCCGAGAUCAAGCGCGGCAAGGGCGGAGCCAAGCUCAAGGAUAUUCAGGAGGAAAAGGCUAUGCGUGGGAAGCGACCGAAAUGGGUCCAAGAUGAGCCACCCGGAUAUACCACUCGAGGCGAGGACUACGAUGCCGAUGAUCCCAACUGCACUGCCACUCCGCUCUGGAUCCCUCCAGCUGAAAAGGACGGCAUUUCCACCAAGGAGGUUAUUGCUUACAUGGACAAAGCGAGAGACACGGCCAAGAGUCACGGUCUACCCGAGCAUUGCACCAAUCUACAAGACGUCGCCAUCAAAGACCUCUUUCUCCAAGACUAUGAUUACGAAAAGGCUCUUGCUAUGCUCGACAAGACACCUAUUGCCGAGUUCAAGGAACCGCGACUGACUCCCGCCGAAGAAAAGCGCUGGGAAGAAGCCAUUCUCAAGUACGGCUCUGAGCUGUACCUUGUCAAGAAACAUGUCAAAACCAUGACCGCCGGUCAGGUUACGCGCUACUACUACACCUGGAAAAAGUCGGAGCGCGGCAAGCAGAUUUGCGGCAAUUUCUCGGGUCGCAAGGGCAAGAAGCAGGCCAAAAGAGCCGAAGUUGUUGCCAACAAAAUGGCUGAUGAUGUUGCCGACGAGGACGACGAUUCUGCUUUCGAUACCGCCAAGGCCACCGAAAAGAAGCGAAGUUUUGUCUGCCUGUUUUGCGAGACCACCAACUCCCGCCAAUGGCGAAGAGCCCCCAACUCUAUGCAGGGUUUGCUCGACGAGAAUGGGGUUGCCAAGCUACCUCCCAAGGAUAGAAACAAUCAGCCAAUCGUGGCGCUUUGUCGACGUUGCGCCGAAAUGUGGCGCCGCUAUGGCGUCCGAUGGGAAGACAUCGAGGAGGUGACCAAAAAGGUUACUCAAAAUGGCAAGGCUUGGAAACGCAAGCAGGACGAGGAGCUUCUCAAGGAGCUUCAAGCUGCCCAGGAGCAUGGCCUCAUGACGCCCGAUCGUGACUCAACUCCUCUAAGCGGCACCGCCAGUGCCAAUGGCAUAGAGCCUCCGAGGAAGCGUCUCAAGGUCCCCGUUGACAGAGAUUUUGACCCCGCAAAUUCUGACGGUGGCAGUACGUCUGGUACUGUCCUGACUAAGAAAAAGGACAAGGAGAGAACGAAUGAGGCUACUCCCGCGCCCGAAUUGCCUCAGGCCCGAACUUUGCCCUGUGCCGUUUGUAAUGAGAUGGAGCCUCUUGGCGACCAGCACGUUGCCUGCCGCGAGUGUCGCCUCACUGUGCACCGCAACUGCUAUGGUAUCAUGGACAGCCGAGUCCAGGGCAAAUGGCUCUGUGACAUGUGCACCAACGACAAGAACCCGCAGGUCUCAAUUCAGUAUAAAUGCGUCUUGUGUCCUGUCGAACAUACCGAGCAAGAGUUUGUCGAACAACCAAAGCUGACCCAUCACAAGAAGAAGAUGUCGGACAAGGACCGUGAGCGCGAGAGGUUGGAAGUUCAACAAGCUCGUAAGGCUGCCGAGGUUUAUCGAAAGCGUCAAGAAGAACUUAAUCGGCCCGCCAACCCUCGAGAGCCAUUGAAGCGCACGGCGGACAACAAUUGGGUCCAUGUUACCUGUGCCGUCUGGACUCCAGAGGUCAAGUUUGGCAAUUCCAAGGCUAUGGAGCCGUCGGAGGGCAUUCCCUCGAUACCAAAGCUGCGAUACGACGAGGUUUGCCAUGCAUGCAACCGGGGCGGUAAUGGAGCUUGUAUUCCGUGCCAUCACUGCCGCACGACAUUUCAUGUGGAAUGCGCCCGACAGGCUGGUCAUCUCCUCGCUUUCGACAUUACUCCGGUCAAGAGCUCCCGGCGUGAUCAGUUUAAUAUUGUGACAAUCAAUGGCGAAAGUGGCACCAUGUCCGCCAUGCUGUGGUGCAAGGAUCAUAUUCCCACCAAGACCAUUGCUCACAGGAUGCAUGAAAUUGUCGGCGACAGCGGCCUCAAUGCACUGCAGCUUUACGCGCAAAAUUUCAAACAGGCUGAUUUGACGCUCACGGGAACUGUACGAAAGGCAAACCUCCUGACCACGGCGGCUAAGGCUGGCGGCGCUGCAUUUCCCGCGACUCGCAGAGUAUCUUCAACGACGGCAGCAAACACGCCGCUGGCGAUUGGGGUUGCCGGUGCAGCCAAUGGUGAUCACCCCAACCCAGCUAUCAACGCUGCUGAGCCUGGCGAAAAGGUUUGCAUCAGCUGUGGAGUUGAUGUAACCCCUCGAUGGUGGCCCAUUGACACACAUCAGGAAAGACAGCUCACCAAUGGCCACUAUGGAACGAUUGGAUCCGAGGCACAAAAGUUUGUUGAGCAGAGAAGGUUUCAGUGCCACAAGUGUAAGAAGCUCGCCAAGACGCCUCGAGCGCAUGCCACGCCCGCAACUCUGUCCACAUCAGACUCGCGGCCGCAUCAUCCGACGCAAGCUCCCAUCUCAAAGCCCUCGCUGCGCAGUCCCCCCGCACCUCCGCCGCUCGUUCCUGAAUAUCGCGAUCCUCGCUCUGUGAGCCAAUGGCCACGCCCUCAAUCUAGCCACCAUCACGGGCAUCCCGGUCCUCCCCCGCCUCUACCCCAUCCGGUCCACGCGCCGACGAUUCCGCAGUCGCAUAUGACAGGUGCCCGGCCGCCGCAUUCAUCCCCGCAUGCAUUUCCAGCGCCUCCACCGUCGUCACGGAGCAACCAUUUCGAUUGGCACCGCAGCUCGCCCACGAGCCAUCACUCACCACCGGCGCGUCACUUGAAUGGCGGCCCGCCCUCUAUACACAGCGUACCACCACCUCCACCAAUCUCGUCGCUGAGACCGCCGCCAAUGUCUGGUCCGCCUCCACCAGUUGGCAUGAACCACCGGCACUCGCCUUCAAGCAUGUACUCGAGCAGCUUGCCGCCUUCGCCGCGUAGCUUACGAGGACCGCCACCUCCACCUCCACCCCCAGCGUAUGUGCCGCCGUACCACGGACACGGAGGACACCCAUCGCACUCGCCUCCUCGCAAUCCGAAUGGCGGUCCGCCUCUACCACCUCCGCGGGACUCUUUUGCCCACGGACUUCAUCCGCAGCGAUCCCAGUACCACUCGUCGGUACAUGUGAGUACCUCCGGACCUCCUCCGGGCCCUCUCAGCGCAAUGCCACCCCACCCGUCUCGGGAUUCCAUGCCACCACGAUCUGACGCGCGCCCAGGCGGUGCUAGCGCAAACCCAUCGCUCAAAAACUUGCUGUCUUAG